ACAACAUAUCCUUGUCAUGGUCAAACUUGGGAAAAUGGCAUGCAUGGAAAAAGUGAUUCUGGCAACCGUUUCCUGCUUUCAGAUGACAGUUUAGAGGUGCAUCCAGACUUGCAAAGUAUGCACGACUCUAGGUUGGCAUUGCCUCUUGAAUUGGCGGAGGAACCAGUGUAUGUGAACGCGAAACAAUACCAUGGGAUUUUAAGGCGAAGACAACUGCGCGCAAAGGCUGAGUUGGAAAAUAAGGUGGCGAAAGCUAGAAAGCCGUAUCUUCAUGAAUCUCGACACUUGCAUGCUAUGAGAAGAGCCAGAGGUUGCGGAGGCAGGUUCCUGAGCAAAAAGAAUGUUGAUAAAUCAGAUAGCCGUGCUGCUUCCAAGAAGAGCAUCGAUUUUAAUGCUACGCCCACAGAGAUGAAGGAUUCACUUGGUUCUCAGCAUCCCUUUUCCAGCACUUCUCAGAAGAGCUGUAACGAAGUGAGGGGGUUUCUGCUCCAAGAAAUGCAGAACACAAACACUUUUGAAUGGGGAUAUCAAUACCAUUGUAAAACUCAAUAACUACCAAUAGGGACUUCCAGGUAACCAUCGGACUGGAAAGUUGGGAUGGAGAAAUUCCUCACCACUGCUAAAAAGUGUCUUUUAGCUUGAUACAAUGUUGAUAGCUUGUAAAGUUGUGUGUGAUACUGUGACACAUUCUGCAGCUGUGAAACGGGCGUUUCUAUAAGAGGGAUGGAUCGUUCUUACGAGCAAAAUUUUGGUCUGAGAGUUUCGGUUGUAUGGUUAACGUAUUUCUGGUGGCAUAUGAACCAAUUACUGAUGUAUUUAGCAGCAUGGCUGCAGCUGCUUAGCUAUCAAAACAAUCUUAUGACACUAUAAUUAUUAGCCUCAAAUGCACUUCUUGUUUAAGGCCAAUGUUUCAUAG